AAAAUAUAAGCCUGGCUGAUUUGUGAAUACUGGGGGCCAGAUUCUGAAAGUACCAUGACCAGCACAACCACCUGGCUCCUUGUGGGGGUUUUGGCCCUUUGGGCACAGCUGCCAUCUGUCUCUACCAUUCCACCAAGAGAUAAAAUUGGGACAUGCCCCCCUAGUCCGUAUCGGUGUGCCUACCCAGGAGAGGACCUGUGCAGUAUUGACUAUGAUUGCGAAGGAAUCAAAAAGUGCUGUUUCUGGGAUUGCCGCAAAGUCUGCCGAAACCCUCAAGAUAAACCUGGCACCUGCCCUGCCGUGCCGCAUUACUGCUCAGUCCAAGGACGAAAGGUUUGCAGCCAUGACUAUGACUGCCCAGAAAAGCAAAAAUGCUGUAAUUUACCUUGCGGGAAAACUUGUGUGGACCCAUGACACGAUCUCCUAGAUGACUGAUUACAACUUUUUUCAGGAGCUGCAAUGAGACAGCAUCAUGAGUACAAUAGGAUUUACUGAGCUACAUGAAGAAGAAACUGAGGAGAGGGGAUCAGAGCUCUGAGGAGAAUCACUUUGAAAGUAUAAUCCACUUUUCUCAAAC